CUCUUCUUAUCUUACCUACAAUACAAAACAUGGCAACCCAACCCCUCUCUCUAUCAAGAACAAUGAUUUCAAAACUACAAAUAACUCAUGUUGAUGAGAAGAUUAUCAUAGAACAAGUUAAGGAUACACAUAAUUCUAAUGGUGGCAUAGAUGUCGAUGCAAAUUCUCUUCUCAAGUUGUUGGAAGGCAUUUUCACUUUGAAUACGGAUUCAAAGAGUGCUGAAGAUAAUUCUGAAAAAGAAGAUGAGACCUCCAAUGAGAAUCCAGAGAGUGAUGAAGAUAAUUCUGAAAAUGAAGAUGAAUUUUCUAAUGAGGAUUCAGAGAGUGAUGAAGAUAAUCCUGAAAAUGAAGAUGAAUCUUCUAAUGAUGAUUCAAAGCGUGAUGAAGAUGAUCCUGAGGAAGAAGGAAGUGAUGAACAUGGAAAACCUGAGACGGUUCAUCGAGAAGCAAGGCAAGACAGGUUGCAGUUACAAGAACGCAUCCACAAGGAGAUUUCAUUUGUUGUUUUACAACUCUCUUUCAUGGUAACUUUCACUUGUGUAAGCUCUGAUGAUUGUCACUCAACUGCCAUUUAUCUACUACGUUUGUUGUCAAAGUAUAUGUGGCAUGCUAAGGGAGUAAUGUUACUCGCAUGUUUUGCGAUCAUCCGAGGAAAACCUAAAGUUACCUCACAAUCAUGUCAUCGGAAAGGACUAUCCUACAACAUGGCUUCUCUAAGAAAAAGUGUAAACUCAUUGCUAUCCACUGAGAAUGAAAUUUUUUUGAAUGACUCAAUAAAGUCCAUGUUUGAUCUCACCGAGCUCAUGGUUGAGCUUCGACAUUCAUCAUCAAUAUUUUUGGCAAACUACUGGAUCGCAAGAAGUGUUGUUGCCUAUGCUCACCUCCUUAUUUUGGACCUUGAGCCACAAAAUCAGAUGAUGACGGAACUGUCCAACGUAUCCACCAAAAUCAAAGAGAUUCUGGCUUCCAGCCUCCCAUUACUAGAUUCAUGAUGAUGAAUACAUUUUCUUAUGCGGAGGCAAUAACAUUAAACGAGUUCUAGAAUUUGUACUUCAGGUACAAGAAGUUCGUUCCGAAUUUCAAAUGAAUAUGAAAAUUGCAUAUGUUGGAAGAAGAAGAAAAAUGAUUGAAGAGUUGGACGGAGCAUGUGAUUAUGUAUUUGACCUUAUUGAAGUUAAGUGCUUUUGGACACGACUUUAUAGUAUGACUUCAUCUAGAAUUCAAUAUUUAAAUAAGGUUGGACUUGAUGAAGGAAGUGAUGAAAUUUUGCAAGGACUCAGAAAAUUAUUAUCUUAUGAAGAUGAGUGUACAACAAUUGAAUCCUGGGCUUUGUUGGGCAAAGGGAAAAGAAUAAUUUCAUGUGAUGUGGGAGACAAAAUGUUAGGAGUAUUGAAUGAGUAUGAGAAAUGGAAGAACAAUGCGCAUGCCAAUGAUUUUGAACAAGCAUUCUAGGAUUGCUAUGAGAUGCUUAAUACUUCUUCUUCUUCUUCCCGUCAACACUCUUGUUGUGCUCUCAAUUACUCAUCUAAUUUGGAUCAAGUUCCAGAGGUUGAGUCCUGCCCUCAGUGUGACCAGAACAUGCAUAAAUUUGUCACUUUCUCCUGUUGUCAUGGUCCGGCUAAUUAUUUAUAUUAUCAAUAGGAUAGUGACUCGGAUUAAUACUAGAGUUUGUGUUCCACUUGCACUUGCUGUUAGAGUUGUUGUAGUAGUCUACAUGCAUGUAUUAUGUUUGUAGUUGUACGUUCAUGGUUGUAAUAUUAUUCAUUGAAUAUACAUUGUAAUUUGUUCACGUUUUCAA